AGGGUGGCAUACAUCCUAAAAUGGUAAACCCCGUGCGGGAUAUUUAUUUAUAUUGCCUAUUCUGUUGGCCUGAAGGCUCGAAUCUUUCAUACCGUAGGACUCAGUUCAUACGAAAUCUCAUGAUGAUGGAGGCAAUCCAUAACGAGGUAUAUACAAACACAAACAAGAGAAGAAUCAAAAAUUCCCUAUAGAUAACUAUUUAGCUGGGUGAAAAUGUUAAUUGUAAGUAAUACAUAAUAGUCAAGUGGUUUUUGAUUUGUUCAACACAAACGAUUUUUCCAACUAUAAAAAUCCGCUUAAAUCUUUUUUUUUUUUUUUCUUUUUUUUUUUUGCCCACUUCAACAUUUCAUGUGAAGUAAAAAGAUAUUUAGAAGCAAAAAAGGGAAAACCACAAAUCCUGAAUAAUCCAGUGUAUGUACUCUUAACGUAGGACCCCGAAGAAUUUCUUCGCUUUAAACAAAAUACAAAACCAUGGGAAAGAAAGCCUUCCGGUCCAACAGAAGACCGUCCAUAACAUCUCGCCCCCCAGCACCCUCGGCGGCAGCAACAGCCUCCUCCUCAUCAGAGAAGGCCACCACCGCAAACCCCAAACCCGAGGCCGCCACCACCACCACCACCACACCCGCCGAGGCAGAGGAACUCAGGUCGCACCAGCGCCUCCUCCACAUCUUCGCCUCGACCUUCGACCCCGUGCUCAGCUCCCCGGGGUUCAACACCAGCCUGCAGCAGGUGAAGCAGGCGCUCUUCAACCGGGACUUCGGGGCCGCGUUCGGGAAAGAGCAGUUCCUCGAGGUGUACGCGGCGCGGUGGAGCCCGCCGCGCGCGCUGUGCUACAGCCGCGUCCUCGAGCAGAUCUCCGAGGCGUAUCUGGAGCCGCUGGUCCGUCUAACCAAGGCCGAGUCCGACCCCGAAUCCGCCAUCGCGGACGAGGAGGAGGAGGAGGAGAUCGACGAUGAAGUGGAGCAUGGGCGGGUGUCGCCCACGUUAGACCAGGAACGGCAGGGGCAGGUGUCGCCCACGUUAGACCAGGAACGGCAGGGGCAGAGGCGCAGCAGCCCUGCCGCGACGUUAAGGAUGCUCGCGAUCGGAGGCGGCGCCGCCGAGAUCGUCGCGUUCGGGAACUACAUCCACGGCGCGGACGGCGCCGUGGCGGGCGACCUGACGCUGCUGGACACGGGGCCGUGGGGCGAGGUGGUACGGAAGCUGCAAGCGGGACUCACGGCGACGCCCGUGCUAUCCAAGUACGCCAGCGUCGCCGCGCGAGCCGCGAACGCCCCGCUGAUCGAGCCAGCCACGCGUCUGCACUCGUCGUUCGUGCGGCAGGACGUGCUCGCCCUGGACCGCGAGGCGCUCUCAGGGCUACUGGGCCAGACACCGCUACUCGUCACGUUGCUCUUCACGCUCAACGAACUCUACACCACGGGCGGCGUCGGCAAAACUACUUCUUUCCUACGCCUACUGACCUCUACGAUACCGCACGGGUCUUUGCUCCUCGUCGUCGACAGCCCCGGGAGCUACUCGGAGGCGGCCGUUGGCAAGGAAGCCAAGAAGUAUCCCAUGCAGUGGCUAUUAGAUCACACUCUCAUCCCGACAGACAACCGGAAGGAAGAGAUGGAGGGUUGUAAGUGGGAGAAGCUAGAAUCACACGACUCGGUCUGGUUCCGCUUAGACGACAAGAAACUCCGGUAUCCUAUUGAACUGCAGGACUCGCGCUACCAGAUGCACCUCUACCGUGCAGUGCCCCGGUCAUCCUAGUGAAGAGAGGAUACUAUCUGCCUGGCCUAACCAAGAUGCUAGUGCCAGGUUCUAAAAAUCUAACCCUACUCUCACACAUAUGUACAUUCAACCACCAAGCACCCAGAAUCACCCCCUUUUCAAAAAGGCAACCUUCAACAUGAUUGUCCAUCUAUGCCCAAACCAGCUUCUUUAUACUAUGCCCCCAUUGUUCCAAGAGCCCUGUGCUCUUCUUGGCCUCGGCGAGAGAUAUGAUAUCUCCCCUUUCGAUGAUACU